UGUGAGCGUAUCAAAGACGGGAAGUGAGAACAGGUCGCACCGACGACGAGAGUUUUAUUGUUCAAGAGCAUUUAUUUCGCAGCAAUUAUUUCAUGACCGGUGUAUUAAACCUGCGUGAGUCAAGUGGACAAAGUCAUUCAAACAGUUAGACAGAAGCUCGCAGUCAUCACACAAUCCUUCUCUGUUAGUCCAAUCAUGACACUCGCUCAUAAGGUGUAAACUUUUUCGACGAGAGAGUUAUUUUGUCAAGUCAAAACAAUAAAUUAGGAAUCGCGGGAUAACCGACUUUGGACCAGUGAUUUGAGCGCUCGAGCGGAGAUCGGGUGAACCACCGGGCGGUCAGCUACGGGCGUGAGGAGAGCGAAAGUUCGGAGACUCCACCUGUUAAUAUCAGGCGAUCUCAUCGAGAACAUUUCUUCAACAUAAACGGGAAAUGGAAUCACUUUAUACCGCGGCAACAAAACAUAUGUCACCGAGGCAUCUUGCUAUGUUUGAGAUGUCACGAAGAGAGAUCCUCGAGAAAUAUAUCCAUCAAAAUGGGGAAGAUGAGAGUGAAUACCAAGAGAAAGUGAGGAGAAUGAGUGUGGAUACUACCAGUGAUCACGAAGAGGAACGUGUUAAGGAGGAGCGGGCUGGAGCUACAGAGAUUGAUGAGAUGGAGAGAAGGAGGGUCAUGGAGGAGCAGAGGCGGAUCAUUGAGGAACAGAGGAGGAUAGUAGAAGAGCAGCGCCGGAGGAUGGUUGAAGACCAGCGAAGACAGCUCAUGGAGGAAGAGGAUGAGGAGAGGAGGCUCAUUCUUGAGGAGCAGAGGCGGCGGAUGAUGAGAGCAGAUCGAGAUGAAGAGGAGGAUGAGGAGGAGGAAGAGGAGGAGGAAAGGGAAGAAGAUGAUGGAAGGCGAUCAGAGGAUGAGAUGAGGGAGGAUGAACCCCCUGGUAGACGUGAAACCAGCCACGCCCAUAUUGAUCUGAACAUGAUGCGAGCCAACGCCCACCUCAAGGAGAUGAUGGAUAAAAACCGCCGAUUUGUUUCUACCCGCCUGGAGGAACCCAUCACCCAGUCCCCUCCUCCUCUCACCAACGGUAGUAACCAUGACAACGACCAUGAUCCCUACCUUUCCCACCGAGCUGCGCAUGGAGGCAGUCCUGAUUUACCACACUCCUACAUGAAAGCAGCGCAUCCUCUCAUCAAGAAGGAAGACGGAAUCGCCAAGAUGGAGAUGGAUAUUGGGUUGAAAGAUGAGAUGAAGAUGGGAGCAGGCCUGGAAGACAGAGAUGGAGACAAACCUCAGACGGAAUGGUCUUUUGAAGAACAGUUCAAACAGCUCUAUGAACUCUCAACUGAUUCUAAGAGGAAAGAAUUCCUAGAUGACCUGUUCAGUUACAUGCAGAAGCGAGGUACACCUGUUAACAGGAUUCCCAUCAUGGCCAAGCAAGUCUUGGACCUAUAUGAACUCUAUAACUUAGUGGUCGCCAAGGGUGGCUUAGUGGAAGUUAUCAAUAAGAAACAAUGGAGAGAGAUAACCAAAGGACUUAACCUACCAGCAUCCAUCACCAGUGCUGCUUUCACACUGAGAACACAGUAUAUGAAAUAUCUGUAUCCCUACGAGUGUGAGAAGAAGGGUCUGAGCUCCCCUUCAGAGCUCCAGUCUGCCAUUGAUGGUAACCGACGAGAGGGGCGUCGCCCAUCAUACCACAGCCCUCACAUGCACCCCCGUGGCCCCUCCCUGGCAUACCACCAUGGGUUAGAUCUACAUACCCCUUCUGGUUCCCCUCCGCCUACUAUGAUACCACACCCAUCGCGCAUCCCUACUCUACCACCGCGAUUAUCACCUUCUACGUCACCAAUUGAGGAUGACCACCCGGUACCCCUGGGUUUCCCUAGACAAGGAACCCUCAGCCAUGCAGCUAUGCUUGCUGAGCUAGCAGAGAGGGGCUCGAUACCACCCCCUUCUAAACGCUCUCUACUGGCAGAGGAACAUCAUCACCGCCUAUUACAGCUCCAACAGCAGCAUCUUGUCAUGCCUACAGCUCACCUUAAAGUUAGCAGCGCCAGAGCACACCCAGAAAAUGGCAUGCCUCUCUUUGAGAUGCGCGGAGACAACUCACUGGUGAUGAGUAUUGAGCUGAACAGUGUCUUAUACCAGGGCGUUCUUUACCAGGGGGGUACCAGGUCAUCCCUUGAUCGGUAUACCAGUACCCCGGUCUAGCGCUUCCCCAAAAUAAGGUGCUCCGUCCGAACAUACCUCGGAGCAACAAACUGUUUUAUGAAAUGAUUGUUAAUGGUGUGAAUAGACUUCUUUGAAAGACUGACUAUAUAGGGAAGUUAUCACUUUUUCGGGAGCUGAAGAUUGUUCUUGAGAUGGACCAUGCAGGACGGAGAGUUCGUCUUAGAUGACAGUAUUCGGUGCUGGGUGGAUUCUGAUUUGUUACAGUGUCUAUAGCGUGGAUUUGAGUGGAUCAUUAUAAGUAUCUGUUUAGAUACAGAAGGACGUUAACUCUGUGUUUAAGGAUUUGAGUUAACGCUCUUCUUGCUAAAAAAAACCCAGAUGAUUUCUUGUGUACAUUCCAUAAUUAUAUAGAAUCGUAUCCAACACUGCAAAUGAAAAGACAUUGUCGAUAUAGUAGCAAAGAGUAAAAUCUGCUACCACGCAGUGGCGGAUAAUACCAGCUCACCAUCACUGCCUAUGUGAACUCGACUGAUUCUAGGAAAGGUCAUAAUACUUUCAUAGAUAGGAUAUAGGAGUAUAUAUCUAGUGUAAUAGAUCAGUUUGACUACUUUUUCGUCUCUCAUGAAGACCGCUAUAAUAUUAUUAUUUGAUUUGUUUUAACAUGUAUAUAUUGCAUUUGACAAUCUAGUUUGUUAUCAAGUAUAUUAGGAAGAUGACGACACUUUAUGGUAUUAAUUGUUAGUUUAAAUUGAAAUAUGAUCUUGAUCGUUCUUACUUGUAAAUGGUAGAAUAUUAUACUAUGCUGACUAUUUGUUUUCAUUAUCUCGUUUGCUGAUAGCUACAAGGACGUUAAUUCAAUGCCCGGUGUAUUUGUAACGCCCUCUGACUUUCACGGGAUAGUCUCACGUAUUAACAUUCCCUUUUCACCAUGCAGUAUUCAUAUGUAUUACAACAUUAGCUAUAAUUUGCUGUGCACAAGUAUAUUGCCUGUUGAAAGUAAUUUUCAUCUUUUAAAGAAAAAGCAAAUAACAAUCAGCUGAGAAUAUCAAUUCAGAAACCUAUUUCCAUUUUAUUCAUUUAAUGUAUCUCAUAACAUCCUAUUUUAAGGCACAUAAUCAUAACAUUAAGAUUCAGAGUUCAGAAACAACUCCUGCAGCGUUUUAGCUAAAAAGAUAAAUUUAGAAUGGUUAAAGGUGGAAAACUUAGUAGCUUUUAAUCUGAAUGACUACUAAACCAUUAAAUACCUGAAAUUUAGAUACUAGUAGCGAGGCUUCGCUUUGUUUAGGUAUUUAUACUGAUCACAUUCUGUUUUAGACUAUAUAAUUUUGGUGUUCUUGAAGUGUAGUUUACCAGUUUGUUUGAUUUGACAACCAUUCGGUGGAGGAAUGUGACCAAAAAAAAACCUUAUACACUUUGAUUAAAAUGUUAUGGGAUAUGAAUAUUGAGUUAUUUGUGCAAUAAUGUUCCAAUGCAUUGAAUCAUUGAAACACAAGAAAGCAGUCUGACAAUUAAACUAGACAAUCAGGAAAGGGUAUAUGUCAGAGAGGCAAUCAUUUUGUCUCUUUCAAGUUUGUGUGUAUUGGUAAACAGAAGGAGACAUGUUUAUAUGUGUUAAUAUAUUGUCUACCGUCAUUAGCUAGAUAUAUGUCAACUUUACAGAUGGUUUUCUGAGACCGCGUAAGGUAAUAAGUGGUAUCGUGAAUUCAGGGUUUACAAUAUUGUGUAUUUAUAUGUCUUUUCAUAUAUACUUCUAUGAAACUGGUAACUUUGGUAACCUGAACUUAUUGCAAGUCUAAACCUUCCAUUGACUUUGCAAUAAUUUUCGUUCAAGUAACAGUUUUAUGUUUUUCAAGAAAUUGUGCUGCCUGAUCAUCAUCGAGAAAUGUGCAAAACUUUGUUUCACAGCAAAACAUGCUGCCGAAGAAAUUAUAUAUAAACUAUUUAAUAAGCAAUAAUACAUUUAUCUAAACCUUAUGGAUGAUUCUUGUACCUAUAUGACAUGUUGUAUAGAUCAUGCAAGGCUAGGAAAUCAGUGUAAAACCGUUGUCGAAUUAUUGAAACUAUAGGGCCAUUAAUGCAUUCUCAUGCGUUAAAAAACAAACGUUGUAAUUUUCAUGGGUUCAGCUAAAGAAUUGGGUUUCAAUCAAUGGCCUGAAUAAAGAAAAUGAAUAUAUUAAAGAAUGCUGCUUAUUCAUGCUGAUAAUGAUGUUUUUAAUACUGAUGCGAUGUAUUGAAGACUUUCUGAAAUCAUUGAACAUGAUAAGCACAUAAUUAUGAGUCUUUAAAUACUUUGAGCUUAGUUGUGUAACUUUGUAGAUAGUAAAUUUAAUUAUGGAAAUAUGUGUUUUCCACAGUGCAGAUUAGUAACUUAAAUUUUAACUGUUCAGAUACAAAGCGACUGUUCCUGUAUAGAUGAAAAGAAUGGUUUUCAAUAUAAUUCCCGAGCAACAAGUACAGAAUAAGGUGAUCGUUCCAAUAAAUUCUUCUUUCUUUUUGUUAUCACAGUUGUAUACCUUCAUAUGCAAUAAAUAAUUUCACCUAAUUUUUUCACCAAAAUUAUUUUUCUUUUCUUAUUGGAACCUGGAGUUUACAACCCUCCAUAAAAAUAUGGUGCUUCACUUCAUAAUAUUUGCAUGCUACGUUCAAUCAUAAUAUUCAUGAUAAUGUAUCAUGAGUUGAUUUGUAAAUAAAUGUUUUGUAUUUAUCUUUGGUGUAAAGUGAUGACGAAUGUACAGUUUUAUGUAUAACUAACUCCAUUUCUUGUUUAAUGCUAAUCUAUCAAGCAUAGAAAAUCAUGUAAACAUUCGUAUUUAUGUACAGUUAGUUUAGAAGACCCUCCUCGUAUCAUUUUGUGGAUGAUUUAACAAUAAUUUAUAUUAAUUAAUGCGGUGCUUACUUUUCAAUCAACUUGCAUAAGACAUGGAGGGGGGGGGGUCAUAUUUGGAAAAAACAAUUUUUCAGAAGUAUAAAUUCAAGAACCAGUUUGAAAAAAGAAGAUAAUAAAGAGAGACAUAUAUUGCCGUAAAUCCACAUUUAUUGCACUUCAGAUAUAAUUACCAAGAUGGAAAAAACAUGCAAGAAUCUUUUAUAUAAUAUUGACAUAUUUUGUACAAAUGAUCAAAGAUAUCAGAAAAAAUAAAUCGUAGAGUAUUCUACAGUAGCUUCAUGUAGUAUAUAUACAAAUAUAUAUGUUUUUUUUUCCGUAUUCACUGACGUAUUCAGAAUGCAAACUAUCUCAUUUAAAGUGCUAAAUUCUGUUUGUAAUACUUCAAUCUGGUGAUCAAAUUGUGUGCUAUUUUUUUUUCUUUUUUCAGUAUUACACACUUGAUAAGAGGGUGAACUCAAGAAAUCACUGCACAACUAAAAUAUAAGUAAACCUGUAAUAUUUGUGUACUGCAGUGUACCACGUGUGAGUUCUCUUUUGUGCCUUAAGUCUGUCUUUCAGUGCUUUAUGCAAACAGGUGCAAUUGUCGAUAUUCGUGAGUGUGCUGUUUUGUUUUUAAAGUUUCUAACAAGUCAUAUUUAUAUUCUUUUAUCAACAUUGUCUCUAAAAAAGUUGUAGAGGACUGAUGGUUUAUAAAAAAUAAGCGAUUUAAUAAUAGGCUGUUGUGAGUCCAAACAUAUAAUGUUGAAGUUUCAUAUGUUACCAUUUUUUUUUUACAGUUUGUGUGACUCUUUCAAUGUUUUAUUUUGGGGAAAAGUAUGUAGUACCUUUUGUAAACAUGUAAAUAAAUCACCGCGUUGGUGACAGCCGAAUAU